CGCGCGCACACUCUCUCUCACUCUCACUCUCACUCUCACGUACUCACUCACACGGCUCUGCCCGCUCUCUCCGGCUCCGAUCGGCUGGCGCGUCCCUCCAAUGGAGAACGGCGGCAAUGGCAACGAGGCGCCGGCGUGGCGGUUCGGGGCGGCGAGCCCGGGGCUGGAGGCGGCGAGGGCGCAGAGCAUCCGCGCGCUCGUCUACCGGAUGUACGACUGCCUCGACCGCGGCGACGCGCGGCCCGUGGCGCCGCUCGCCCACGGCGACCCGGCCGCCUUCGCCUGCUUCAGCGCGGCGCCGCCCGCCACGGACGCCGUCGCCGCCGCCGCCGCCUCCGGCGCGCACAACACCUACGCCCCCGCCGCCGGGCUCGCGGAGGCGUGCAGUGCGGUGGCGGCGCACCUGUCCCGCGAGCUACCCUACGAGGUGUCGCCCGCCGACGUGGUGCUCACCGCCGGCUGCAACCACGCCAUCGAGAUCAUGAUGUCCGUGCUCGCCUCGCCGGGCGCCAACGUGCUGCUCCCGCGGCCGGGCUACCCGCUGUACGCGUCGCGCGCCGCGCUGAGCGGCCUCGAGUUCCGCCACUUCGACCUCCUCCCGGACAGGGAGUGGGAGGUCGACCUCGCCGGCGUCGAGGCCCUCGCCGACGAGAACACCGUCGCCAUCGUCAUCGUCAACCCCAACAACCCCUGCGGCUGCGUCUACUCCCGCGACCACCUCGCCAAGAUCGCGGCGACGGCGAGGAAGCUGGGGAUCAUGGUGAUCAGCGACGAGGUGUACGACCACUUCGCGUUCGGGAGCAAGCCGUUCGUGCCGAUGGGGGUGUUCGGCGAGGUCGCGCCGGUGGUGACGCUGGGCGGCAUCUCCAAGCGCUGGAUGGUCCCCGGCUGGCGCCUCGGCUGGAUAGCCGCCACCGAUCCCAACGGAAUCCUCAGGAAGAAGAAGAUCAUGGAGUCCAUCAUAGACUACCGUGCCAUCUCGGUCGAUCCUGUAACGUUUGUUCAGGGGGCUUUGCCCGAGAUCCUCGCGAAGACGGAGGAGGCGUUCUUCAGCGAGGCGCUGGGCGUGGUGAGGCAGGCCGCGGAGAUAUGCUACGAGAAGCUGAGGGGGAUCGAGUGCAUCGCCUGCCCUCACAAGCCGGAGGGCUCCAUGUUCGUCAUGGCGAAGCUGGACCUCUCGCGCCUGGAUGGCAUAGAGGAUGACGUCCACUUCUGCAGCAUGCUGGCCAGGGAGGAGUCCGUGGUGAUUUGCCCAGGGAGUGGACUAGGGAUGAAGAACUGGCUGAGGAUAACCUUCGCAGUUGAUCCACAGUUGCUUGAGGAUGGUCUAGAGCGAACCAAGUCUUUCUGUCAGAGGCAUGCUAAGAUCAAGGAGACCCACUCGUGAAUGCUGUCUCCGCUAUGGCUACAAGAAAAUAAAGUUUGAAUGAAGUUGGGCGUGUCAGUCAACUUCGAUCGACACGCAUGCAUCGUCGACGAAUUCCUCAAAUCGAGGAACUUGUGUGUAUCUUAGCUAUCCAACGAUCCAAAAUCAAGUUAAGCUUGCAAACCAUUCGAGGCAUUUCAUAUAUAUGGAUGGCUCGUGCAUAUUGUGAUCAGGGUUUCUGAAACUGUGUAUUGAGCCGUUACUGUCACUAAUCGGUAGCACGGUAACCGUGGAAACCAUAAAAACCAUGAUUGAUUCACAUUAAAACAAUUUGAUUUUA